UCCAGUGUUAGUCCGCUUAUACUGGAGAAUUUUUUCGCGGGUUUUAUAGUUGGGCAAAUGUUUAGUGCCUUUAUAUUCCAUAAAAUGCUUCUUAGUAACUGAGCUUGGAGGCGGAGACUAUCUUUGGCUGUGCCUUGUACGGAAACGUUGUUCAGACUAAAUAUUUCUGUCAUUUACGUCUUCACUCGGUUACUUCGCAAACAUUUACACGCACGCAAAUAAACAGUCACUGUCCAUCUCGGAACACUCCAAGGGAGUCAAGGAAUUCAUUCUGUGCAGACUGCAAUACUUGUUAGUUGCGUGAAAAGGCUUGUGUUAAUAAACAUUUGUUUCAACAAGACAUUUAUAUUUAUGCAGAAAUAUUAGUAACUCUGAAAAUUAGCAGCUGUACAACUUGGCAUAUAAUUUUCGCUUCUCUGUGGCGUCUAUUUCACAUAACUUCUGCAAGAUGUCAGAGGCGUCAUCAAAACAGUGAUGGCCUUGAGCUUUGAUCCAAGGUUGAAGUUGAAUAACUCGUUGAAAUUGAAGUUUGAUAGUGUUGACACGUUGUGUUUAUUCAGUUGAGGUGUAAAAGUAGUUAGUCGUACCUGUGUAAGACAUGUCGUCAGUACUGGAAAAUGCAUACUUGCGGCACAGGUUGCGGCAAAUGGAUCAGUUGUAUCCGGAACCAUCAACGUUUGGACAAUGUGAUUGUACUUCUUACUCAUAUUUCGCUCUUUCAAUGGUGCUGUUUGCAGUAGGAACUGUGAUCACUGUACUCGCGUUAGGAGAUUCAGAUGGCUAUAUAUUCAGUAGUUUGGGACAUAUGUGGCUAGUCGGCCCCAUAUUUAUUUGUUCAGGACUAAUGGUUGCAGUGAAAAGUGUUCUUUAUCUAAGAAGAAAAGGCAUCAUACAAAUGCUGCUUCGACGACGUGCACUUCUGAGGAGUCUGCAGGAGCUGGCUCAGCAGUCACGGAACCAGCAGUCAUCUGGAGGAAGCUGCGUCAUCCGCAACCCCAGCACAGUCACUUUGCCACCUACAUAUGAGGCUCUGAUGGGAGCUUCGGCUUCUCAUGGAGGAGGGGGUGGAGGCUCAACAGAGGUACCACCACCAACAUAUGAGGAAGCCAUGUUCCUUAUAGGCGAUGAAAAACUUAGAGUUGUCCUCGAGGAAUCCAAAUAUGGAGCAAGCUCAGAAGAUGAAUUAAGUAAAGAGCUACAAGGUGCCACAGCUGUAGCUGAAUCUGCAUCCCCGAGCCAGCACAAACCAUAUGAGGUAGACUGAGAAAAUGUUACCAUUACCUGCAAGACUGAAGAUGGUCAGGUCGGCCACCUGGCCAAUAAAAUAUGGCAUACGUUGAUACUUGCCAGCUUGUGAUGUAAAAAAAUGUUCAAUAAUGAGCCUUUGAGGAAAUGGUUCCUGCAAACUGUCAGUCAAUAAUGCAGUGACACAUCUCUUCAGUUGGAAGUUCUGUCUACUACAUCUGUAAAAACAGCAAUAUAUAAAUAUGAACUUGUCAAAAUAGCCUUGACAGUAUCGGAUGUUAACUGGAGUUUUUUACAUUAGUAUAAUAUACCUUGUUAUACACCACAGGUUUGGUUAUAGCAUUCGCCAUGUAAUAUUUAUCACAAAGAAAUAUAUUUUGUUUAUAUUAAAGGUAUAGAAGUUGCUACAAUUAGAGACUGAAUAAAGUAAUGAUUAACCUUAACUGUCAUGUGAUUAAAUAACAGUACAGCUAUAUGUUUACUGGGAGUUUUAUAAGGGAUUCUAGUGAUAUCGUAGAGAUUCUGUGGUGUAGUGGUUACCACUUCUUUCCUUAAUGGUACAUACGUUGCACAUCUGGUAAUAUGCAUUGCCAUACAACACUGCAGGAUGUUUCACACACCACAUACAUAUUAAGAAUAGAAAGAAUGAACAUAAUAGCAAGAAUAUUGGUAUGAGAUGAAAUUUGCUGUUUUAAAAUAAGUGACUUGGGAUUCAGCACUAGUGGAUUUCUUCAGUUGAACGAGAAUGUUCGUGUAAAAUAUUGCUUGUGUGAGAAUUUACUGCAGUAAGCGUUUCAUCAUUAGGGAUGCAGCUGUUAUAGUUUGAAAAACCCACAUCUACAAAGAGGCUUACAGUUUUAACAGAUUACAGUGACAAAUUAUGAGGUUUGUUCAAAUGAAACCUAUUUGGGGAUUAUGCUAAAGGAAGGAAUAGUGGCUGCUAAAAAUAUCCCCCUUGGGCAUCAAGGCAGAUAUCAUACUGAUGUACAGCUAGGGAUUAGCUCUCUGGAUUUGGCCCAACUGA